AUGAAUAGAGUAAAUAAGAAAAAGAUUUUAAUUAUGCGAAAAGAGAAACUUAUUGAAGAAUUAAAAUACUAUGAAAAGCGGAUUGAAAAGGAUAAACUAGACUUAAAAAAAACAUUCGUAUACGAUGGAAGUUCCGAUUCUGACUCCGAGCUUUGCGCCCCCAUUGAUACUGGACCAUCUGUAACAGAGUUGAAAAUCCUACAAUCAGCACAACAAACUUGCCUUAACGCUACUCAGGAACUCAUUGGUCUCCAAGUGUUACAGUUUGAAGUCAAUGUUUUAGUUGAAGAUCCAGUUUUAGAUGGGGAGCCACCAGUGAAAGAAGAUGGUUUAUGGCGAGAGGUGACCGUAGAGUGCAGAGUUGACCUCGUGCCAUUCUCUAUGAUGUUCUAUGUCCAUCGACCUCAUCGGAGAUUCGGAGCGCCCUCCUUUCGGGGCCUUAAGGUGGCAGCGGUCAAGAAGGCGCACGAGAGCGAGCUGAACCAGUCGGUAUUGGUUAACUUGACCAGACCAAGUGACGCCUUUGAGGUUUUUAAAAGUUAUUCGGUCGCCCAUCGAUCUCGUCGUACAACCCUCGCGCGGCUCGCCGAGAAAUAUGGGAAUUCCUUGUACAUGACGUUAAUGGCAGAAGGCGGCUACCAGUUAAAAUGUUCGAAUCUUCUCGAAAUUACUUGGACCUUGCAGAACAAGUCGUCACCCAUUGCCCCAUUUCAUCACCGCAUGAAGUUCGAUUUGGAGUAUAUGGAUGAAUCGUAUAUUAAGGUAGUAACUCAAGCACACAAACAACUGUCUGAUCCAAUGCUUGACACAGAUGAGAGGACGUUAUUAUUGGCUAAAAUCAUCAGCACAUGCUUAGAAGCCCAGGGGCUGAAUCACAGUGUACAAGAGAGCACAGAAUCCGAGUCCGAGACAGUGAGGAUACAAAAAAGACGCACAAAUUUAGAUAAAGAACCGGAAAUGCCGUUACCAAAGAAGAAGAAAGAGAAUCGUGAAGUGAUGGCACCACCGAAAACGCUUCCCAAGAAGAUAAAGCCUAAAGGCAAAGAAAAUGUAGUGGAAAAUAACAAGACUGGCAAAACCGUGAAAAGUGCGAACAAGAUUGGCGAUGGUGGUAACAUCGAAGGAAAGAUACAGAGCAAUGAUAUUCCUGAGAAAGUACUAGAACCUGAAAAUAUAGUUAGUCACAAGAGAACUGCGAAUGGAACAAAAUAUGAGAAGGUCAAUAAUAAUAACAAAGAAAUCGAGCGUAAAACGAAAAAGUCAGAUAAUUUAACUAAAGACAGAGAGUUUAGAGAGACCAAUAAUGAAAAUGUGAAAAAGCCUAAUAAAAUGGUGAAAGAUAAUAAUAAUAUCAACGGUAAACGCAAUCAAGAUAACGAGAAUGCGGAUAAAGGAAAUAAACCGAUAAAAGGUAAGAAAAUAAUUUCUGAUGAAAGUAACAUUCCUAAAAAUGUCGAUACUAACAGAGAGAGAUCUGGCAACACCGUGAAAUCAACAAAAGUAGCCGAUACGUUAAAUACGAAAACGGUGAAAGAAAAUGUAAAUACAAAUAUCAAAGAUAAACAGGUUUCAAAACAAACUGAAACAAAACAAAAGAUCGAUAAACCUAAAAGUAAAAACAUGUUUGAAGAUAACGAUGAUAAUAAAAAAGAAAAAAACGUUGCCACAGACAAAAUGAAAUCAAAACCUACUAAAAAUAUUGUAACUGAUAAAGUUCAAAUGAUUAACAAAACGAAAUACUUAAAAGAAACUGUAGUGGAGAAAUCUAAGAAUAUCGAAAACCAACCAAUUAAUAGUGGUAAAGGAGCUACCACAAAACAACAUAAAUUAUCUGGCAACACAGUAUAUUCAAAGAUUUUGAAAAACCAAAACAAACCAAAAGUUUCCAUUACAAAAUCUAUGAACAACAGGUUCUUAAAAGCUCCCAAAUUUGAUAAACGUAAUCCUAAUUCGCAGACGUCGUCAAACAUACCACAGAAGAAGUCGAGCGCCGGGAAUAUACUGAAGAAGAACCCUUUAAGGAUCAGUCCUAGAAAAAGCUUAACAAAAUUCAACACAAUGUCACAUCAAAACAGCAUCGGGAGCAGUCAGAGCAGUACAAGGAAAGUUAACACGAAUAUACCAAGGUUAAUCAAGAAGCCCGUAUCGAAGACAAAGUCAUAA